UUGCUGACGAGGCAGCAAUAUUCACAUAAAAAAAUAAGAUUCUAUCAUUGUAAAAACAACUAACUGUGACAGACUGUGUUAUUCAUGCUAGAUGAUCGUACAGAUAGAUACUGUAGGUACUGUAUUUAUCUUCAAGAGAAAUUCACGUUUCCAGGAGGACAACACACUACAAACAGGAGAAGUUAAAUGUUUCUGUUUUGAUUAGAAGAAAUUCACAUUUUUUGUUUCUCGCUAGUAUAAACACACAGUAUGCUAAUUAACGUGGUAGCUAUGAAGUUGAUCUAAAGAAACUAAAUGUUGUAGGUUGGAAGCUGUGAUUUAAGAGGGGACACACAUGGACAUGGACAACAAAACAAAAGGCAAUAGCAGUAACCUCUACAUUGACAGAAAGAAAGAAGACAUGGCAAAAGACCGGCGAAUACUUUGGCUUAAGAGGGGACAGACAGAGAGAAGCCACAAUAAGAAAAGACAACAAAAACAUUGGUUAUUAUUUGGCUUAAGAGGGGACAGACAUAGAGAAAAGAGACAUAACAAAAGGCAUCAGAAACAACAUUGGCUAAUACUCAUCUUAAAAGAGCAAAAAAAAAGGCAACAACAAAAGGAAACAACGGUAGGUGGUGGCUUUGCAGUUUUUUAAUGAUAUUUGUGGCUACGACGCUAAUAAAAGACAACAGCAACAACAAGACCAGCUAGUACUUGGCUUAAUCAAGGACAGACAAAAAGAAAAGAGUAAAGAUGCCAGAUAUUGGCUUUCUUACCGAUAGCUGAUAUACCGAUACCGUCCAGCACUUCAUUUCCAAUACUGUAAGACAAUAUAAUAUGUAAUAUGCAAUGUCAGUUUUGGAAAAAAUGCCAUAUUUAUUAAUUAAAAUGAAAAAAAUCAUGACAAAUAGUCAGCUAAAAGAACAUGUUCUCUUACUAUCAACAAGUAAGACAGGCUGGACUUUUGAAUAAACUCAAAUAAGAAUCCAAAAAUUGAAUAAUGCUGGCAAUGACACAAUUUGGAGUGCUGUACAUUUCAAUGUGGCACAAAUAUGUGUACAGUAUAUCAACAAAGUGCAAAGUAUGAAACUCAAGACUAAACUGGGCUCAUUCAGCACUGCUCGGCCGUGCUGCAUAAACGCUACGUGUGACUCAGAGUGAUUCUUCCUGAGGUGUGAUUUAUAAGAUUACAAGUGUUAAAGAAAGACGUCUCACUCCCCUCUCGAUUAACCGGCGCUUCACAGUUGCUGCAAAAUGCAUAUUUAAAAUUCAAAGGCGAAACUUGGAAAUGAUUCCAGACCACGGACAUACUGAGCUGCUCCGUAGCGCAAUUUGUGGUAAGGUAACCACUAGCGAACAGAUAUCAUUAUCGGUAGAAAAAACAAUGUCAGCAUGAUCUGAUAUCUAAUUUUUAUGCCAAUAAUGACAUCCUCAGAAAAUUGCAACACAUAAAGACAACAGCAAUGACAACAUUGGUUAAUACUUGGUUUAAGAACCGACAGUCUGAGAGUAAAUCCAGUGAACCGUUCAUUCUGUAUUCCACGUAAAAUUUCAGGAAAAUAUGACUUGAAAAGUGUAUUAUUGUGUAUUUUUUGGAUGUUUUUUGGCUUUUUUGUGUAUGUACCCUUUCACAAGAGUAUCAGUAAUGAUAGGGCAAAAGGAAAUCUACGCUUCGACAAAAGAACCAAGGAACUUAUCGCCAAAAGCGGUAGUCAUGAAAGAAAAGACAGAAAUGUGGCUUUCUACAACAAAAGUCUCGCCAGGACUCACGACGAAGACCUUUACAGCCGCCAAUGGUUCAAACUUCCUGGACUCCCCAUUCCGUUAUCAGCUCUUCCCAGUGGCCUAUGGCGUCAUCUUCGUCUUGGGCUUCUUCACCAACAUCUACGUGCUGUUUGUACUGCGCUGCCUACGAGAAGCAAAGGCAAUGGGAGAGAUUCGGAUCUACAUGACCAACUUGACCAUUGCUGAUCUCCUUUUUGUGUGCGUCCUACCCUUCUGGAUUGGGUAUUACAGUCGCGAAGGAACUUGGAUCUACAAAGACUUCUUGUGUCGACUGACCGGAUCGUUGUUCUUCAUCAACACCUACUGCUCCAUUCUGUUCCUGUGUGCCAUCAGCGUUAACCGAUACUGGGCGGUCACUCGGCCUCUUGAUGCGGCGUCAUCAGACCACAGGCGCCGCGGGAUCGGCGUGUGCAUUGUCAUCUGGUUGGUGACCGUCUCCAUGGCUGUGCCUUUCCUUGCAAGUCCGGGCACCAACCAGGAUGGAAAUGUCACUCGCUGUUUUGAGGGAUACCAGAACGACAACGAUUCGUCCAAAAGAGGCACAGCUGCUACCCAUUUCGCAAUUAUCGGAAUGUUUUUUGUCGUUUUUGCACUCGUGGUGGUAUGCAACCUCCUUAUCGCCCGAGCAUUGGUUUCCCAAAGUGUUCCUCAGUCUGAAUUCCAUUCUGGAAAAGGUCUGUCCAGGAAGUCCAACAUGACAAUCUCGUCUUCCAGAAGACCCACAGGCGUCAAACGGAGGGCUGUGCAAAUGCUAAUGGCUGUGGUCGGUGUGUUUGUUGUGUGCUUCCUGCCUCAUCAUGUAGUCCAAGGAUUCUGGACGCUAGCAGCACUGCAGAUCCAAGAUGGAUGGGGCCAUGUGGAUUGGGAUCCCGAGACCGUGCAGUUGCUCAAUGAUGCCCAUCAGAUCACCUUGCUUCUCAUGGGCCUCAACUGCAUUCUGGAUCCCGUAGUGUACUGCUUCGCCACCAGGAAGUUCCGAAGGUUCAUAAUGGCUCACCUGAAGAGGGUGGCAAAGGGCGAAAGCUGCUCCCACACGGUCACCUCACAGAUCUCCUUGGACAGUAGGCACCAGAGCCACAAACUCCCGGGCGAGCUCAAUCAGCCUGCAUAAUUCAAACUGCCAAGCGAUGGCAUCAUGGAUUGCUACAGAACUGUCAUGGGUUAUACCAAAAGAUAUUUUGCCCAUCCCAUUUGUUAAUAAGAGAUUGUAAAUAAUUAUAUGACCUUCCCAGCGUUAAAAUAGUUUAUUUUGUAAAGAACACUUUCAUAAUGUUCGAUCCCCAGACCGAAUUGCACAAAUUCAACUUCCUGUGUCAGGCGCUCAAACACAGUCACAGAAAAGCGGAAGUUUUGCAAGCAGAAGUCUGUGUGAUGACUCUUUCUGAUGAGAAUCAACCAAAAUGAACCAACAAAUUACAGAACCAAUGUGAUUUUAAUGUAAACCCUCAUUUCUACAGAGUUUUCUUGACAUGGCGUCAAUAAAAUAUACAGUGACUUGAUGACAUUUACCACCAUUGGCACAACAGGCCUCAGGAUAACCGUUACUCUUCAAUUUUGGAGUGGCCUUUUUUUGUAGCCAACCUAAGACACACCUGUGCAAUAAUCAGCAUCAUGAUAUGCCACACCUGUCAGGUGGAUGAGUUAUGAAUGAUGAAUGUUUACUAACAGAUUUGAGAGAGAUAGGCUUUUGGUGUCCAAAGAAAAAGUUUUACAUCUUUCAGUUCAGCUCAUUAAUUAAUUAAAAAUGGGAGUUUUGCGUUUAUAUUUUUGCUGAGUGUACAUGACGGUAUAUGUUUUGCUCCUGAGUUGAUAAAAAAUGGAAAACCCUGCAUAAAAUAACCCUUUCCUGUACAGAUUCAGCUCAUGACAGAAUUGAGUAAGUGUUGUCGCUGGUCAUGCUUGUGGGAUCCAGAUCUGUGUAGGCAAGGUUGGUGCUUGAGUAAUUCAUGUACUCAUGUCCGUCAUUCUCGGCCUGUGGCAAAGCUCCCCUGUAAUACAAAGUAGAGAUGUGCGAGUCAUCAAAGAGUCGUUCAAAGCUCGCAGUGUUUUUUUCCAACGGUUACUUGACAAAGAGCUGACUCAUGGGUGCUCGAAAAAGACUUGUGUUUUACUAACUCGUGUGUGUGCUCUAUGAAGACCCAAGUUUCACAGACUCACAGGUGCUCAACGAGUUUCACUGACUCACGGGUUUUCGACGAAGACUUGAGUUUCACUCACUCACAGGUGCUUGAUAUACAGUAUACUGGAGUUUCACUGGCGGACGGUUACUCGAAGGCUCAAGUUUUACUGACUCACGGGUGCUCGACAAAGACUCCAGUUUUACUGACUCACGGGUGCUCGACAAAGACUCCAGUUUUACUGAUUUACGAGUACUCGACAAAGACUCAUGUUUUACUGACUCACAGGUGGUCAACAAAGACUCAAGUUUUAAUGACUCACAGGGGCUCGCAGAAGACGCGAUUUUCAUUGAGUCACGGGUGCGUGACGAGUUUCACUGACUCAUGGGUCCUUGACGAAGUGUCAUGUUUCACUGACUCACGGUUGCUUGAUAUAUACUGGAGUUUCACUGGCUGACGGUUACUCGAUGAAGACUCGAGUUUUACUGACUCACGGGUGCUCGACGAAGACUCAAGUUUUACUGACUUACGGGUGCUCGGCGACGACUCCAGUUUCACUGACUUGCGGUUACUCCAUGAAGACUCAAGUUUUACUCACUCACAGGUGCUCAAUAAAGACUCACGUUUCAGUGACUCACAGCAGCUCACAGAAGACUUGAUUUUCAAUGAAUCACGGGUGCUUGACAAAGACUCAAGUUUCACUGACUGGGGUGCUUGGCGAAGACUCGAGUUUCACUGACUCUUGGGCACUCGAUGAAGAUUGAGCACAUGUGCUUUGUGACGAGCGACUAGAGUGAAUUUAGUACCUGAUUCACUUCAGUGAGUGACUCAUAAUCACCCGAGUCAGUAAAAGGAAUCGAGUUUCCCAUCUUUAAUACAAACAAUCAUUUUAAAUAAUGUUAAUAUCACAACCAAGUCGACUUAGAAACAAAAACAUUUUACCUACUUUGGCUCCUUUCCCGGUCUUGGGAAACCUUUAGAAAAAUGUACAAAACACACCAAUGAGAAGGACAUUGGCAUAAAAGAACAGUACUGCUGUGUUCACCUUUAGGUCCUGUGUUGGAGGAGCUUUUCUUGUUCAGAAGUCUUUCCCAGAGUAGCCAGAGUAGAAUGAUGAUGUUAACCGUCAAGGCCAGCAGCGAGAGAGUGAAGGCAGUUAUUUCCAUACUCUUGACUUCUAUUAAAAAAGAAAAAGAUAUAUGCAUCGGUGUGCCUGUAUAUUAGUAACUGCAUAAGAUAUGUUCCUGAUUUAGAAACAGGGUCACCACAAGCACUGAUAAGCAUGUUGCAGCAGUCCAAAUAUAGCACUUAAACAAAUAUUACAAGAUAGAUACUUAUCAACUUGUUUUUGGACUGCGAAUGUAAAGCUCCCCAAACAUUUUAAUGCCAUGUUUGCGUGAAAUUAAACGUAAUAUUAGUGCAAUAUUAGUCCGAUCAUCUGAACAUUUGUAAUGCUAUUUAAAGUAAGUGUGCAUUUUAGCAUCCACUCAGAUUGCGAUGAUGUUUGCUCACAGCCACAAGGGGGCGUAUUUACAUGGUACAGCAGGGAUGUCCAAACUUUUAUGACAAUUAUGACUUUA